GUUCCUAUUAAUUAGCAUGUUCAACGGUAAUCUAAUGACAUUAAUUUAUGUUCAGUUAUAUUUUUUUCAUGAACAUACACAUGACACACAUACAAGUGUUGUCUUUGAGUAACAAAGUACAUAUAUAAUUCUGAUAUAACCCAUGCAUAUACAUGGAACUCCAAGAUUUCACAUUGUGGUGAAUCCUCUUAUUUGAUCCUUAUUUCACACAUUCUCCAAGCAGAUUUGCAGGAAAUAUAAGACUGGUAAUGAAUUGUUUAAGAGCUCAGGUAAGUCUUAUACAAGUCAUAUUAAAUCCCUCUGCUGGUAAUGAUCUUGCAUCUGAAUAAACAAGCUUUGAUGAUUAAAAUGGUGGUACUUUCAGGAUAUACUUGACUACACGAUGACACUCAGAGCUGUCAAUUUAGCUACUUGUUCUCAACCUGAUCAUUUCCUUAUGGCAUCUGCUCCAAGCACCCCUGCCCACCCUUCAGCCCCCCCUCCACAGUUUGCUGUGUUCAGUCCUGCAGCACCCACUGUUGGACCUUUCACGUAUGCUACUCCAUUAACACCUCCCUCUGAUCCUGUUCGAAUUUUCUCACGCAGCCCAACUUUAGUGCCUGUGGCACCAGAUGAGCCUAAAUCAUAUGGUCCGCCAUUGCCAGCCCAUCUGCUUUGUCCAUCAUCCUUUUGCAAUUCACCAUCUUGCGCUGCCCCAAAAUAUCAAGCUUCUCGUGAUGUAGAUAAUUUAGCUUCAAUGUCUUCUGCAUCAGGACUGACCACUGCUUAUAAUUGUGAUUCGGAUAAUUUACCUUCAACCUCUGAAUCAGGAAUGGCCUCUGGUAAUGUUUCUCCUCUAAAAUGAUUCUCAAGUGCUGCAAUUUUAUUUCUUUUCGUCUAAAAGAAUGAACUGAAUUUCAUCUGCAUACUUCAUGUGACAAUGGUUUCACAAAACAAUC